AUGGUGCAGCAGGGCAGGGGGAGGCUCCAUGAAGGCCGACAGGGGGGGCAGCGGCGGUGGGCUCCGGGCAGCCCCCUGCAGCAGGGCAGCAGGCAGAGGAGGCGUCGGAGGGUGGCUGCGGGUGGCGGAGGGCGGCAGCGGGCGGCAGCCAACGCCCGGGAGCGGGACCGCACGCAGAGCGUCAACACGGCCUUCAGCGCCCUGCGCACCCUCAUCCCCACCCAGCCGGCCGACCGCAAGCUGUCCAAGGUGGAGACGCUGCGCCUGGCCUCCAGCUACAUCUCGCACCUGGCCAACGUGCUGCUGCUGCAGCAGGCACGGGAUGAGGGGACCCCCACCACGACACCCUGCCUGCAGCACCCCGCCGCCGCCUCGCCGCGGCCCAUCUGCACCUUCUGCCUCAGCGAGCAGCGCAAGCGGGUGAAGGGAGGUGGGAGAGGGGAGGGAAUGGGCGGUGAGGAGCCAGAAGGGAGCCGUUCUCCGCUGCUCCAGCAUGGGGGUCACCUCAUGGCUUCAUCCAGCCCUGAGCCCUGCUCCUCUCCCUCCAGCAGCGCCGGGGAGCAGAGAAGCCGCUGGUGCCCAGGGAGCUCCGCCGCUGCGAGGUGA